GCAGCGAUGACGCCUCCGUCCCGGGGUUGCCCCCUUCUCCUGCAGUCGCGGCCCGGACCGUGCCUCCUUCCCCCAGGGCGCCGGCCUUGCCAGAGGCUGGACCGGGGCUACUGGGGGGCCCCGGUCUAGCCCCCACUUCCCGAUCAAACCCGGGCUCGACUUUUUCUUUACACCCGGGCCAGGUUACGAGACUUCCUGGAAGGGGGCCGAGCAGGAAGAGAGAAAUUGACACGUCGACUAUUUUUCCCCCCCUUACCAAGGACAGACGGAGGUGAUGCUUUGCUGUAUUCUGUCUCCGGCACGAACCUCGAAUUAGGAGUGGGCAAGGUAUCUCGGAGAGGACUGUCCUCGGGGCGGGGACCCACAGCCCCCUCCCCUUCCCAGCUCAACCGGCCCCAGUUGCUGCCUUUCACUUUCCAGUCCAGCUUUUAAGCCCGGUCUCUGUCUCAGAGGAGGAGGAGCCGGUGAACACUUUUGCGGCGGCGGCGAGAAAACCUUUUCUCCUUUUUGCUGUCUAUUUUUUGGUGCUUCGGAAGGGUCCGUCCUCAUCAACUUCCUGGUCCUGGCAGAUGGGAGCUUCUAACACUCUUCUGCCCCCUGGUUUUCUCAUUUGAGGAUUCCCCGCCCUCCACCCUUAUUAAUUAAGACGUUGAAUGGCCUUGAGCAUCGGCAACAACGGAGCACAGGGUUCGGGGGCCGAUCUGCUCGCUUCCCAGCAUCACAAGCAGCAUCAACCGCCGCCAGCAAGAUGCCCCGGGCAGUGCCACCAAGAAGCCAUGAAAAAAGAUGGAGGAGUAGGGGAUGUCUUUUGGUCCAGGCCUGAAUCCCGAUUAUGGACCAUGAUGCUCCUGCUAGGAACCUGUCUGCUUUACUGCGCAAGGGUCUUAAUGCCCAUCUGUGUGGUCACCAUGAGCACUCGCUUUGAUUGGAACAAGAAACAGUCUGGAAUUGUGCUGAGCAGCUUCUUUUGGGGUUAUUGCCUAACUCAAGUUAUUGGAGGCCACCUGAGUGACCGGAUAGGAGGAGAGAAAGUCCUUCUCCUCUCUGCAUCAGCGUGGGGAUCUAUCACAGCCAUCACCCCCCUGCUCAUCUCCUUAGGCUCUGCCCACCUGCUUCUUAUGGCCUUCACUCGCUUUCUUAUGGGGCUAUUGCAAGGCGUCUAUUUUCCUGCCUUGGCCAGUCUGCUUUCCCAGAAGGUUCAGGAGAGCGAACGAGCACUGACAUACAGCACAGUUGGAACAGGAUCUCAGUUUGGGACACUGGUGAUGGGAGCAGCUGGGUCCCUGCUCCUUGACUGGUAUGGAUGGGAAAGUGUCUUCUACUUUUCAGGCUUGCUAACCUUGCUCUGGGUAUACUGCAUGUGUAAAUUCCUCCUGCCUGAAAAAGACAUAAUAAUCUCACUACAUGACUUGGCAAAGGGCCUUUCCUUAUCAUCCAAAGAGACCAAAGUGCCUUGGAGAAAGAUAUUUAGAAAGCCUCCCAUUUGGGCAGUGAUCGUUGCUCAGCUGUGUGCAGCCAGCACUUUCUUCACCCUGCUCUCCUGGCUGCCGACCUUCUUCAGUGAAACGUUUCCCGAUUCAAAGGGCUGGAUUUUUAAUGUAAUUCCUUGGCUGGUGGCAAUUCCAACUAGUCUGUUUGCUGGAUUCCUCUCCGAUCAAUGUAUCAGCCAAGGGUACAAACCAAUCACCACUCGAAAGUUUAUGCAGGUCAUUGGCUCAGGGGUAUCCAGUCUCUUUGCCUUAGGAAUAGGUUACUCUUCCAAGUUUUGCCAAGCAGUGGUCUUUGCCUCUGCCAGUAUUGGACUUCAGACUUUCAAUCACAGUGGCAUCUCAGUCAAUAUUCAGGACCUGGCUCCUUCAUGUGCUGGUUUAUUGUUUGGUGUGGCAAAUACAGGUGGAGCUUUAUUAGGUGUCAUUUGUGUGUACCUAGCUGGAUACCUCAUUGAAAGCACAGGCUCCUGGGUCGCUGUUUUCAAUCUUGUGGCAAUAGUGAACGGCCUUGGACUUUGUACAUUUCUCCUCUUUGGAAAAGCUCAAAGAAUGGACCUGGACCCUGCCUACAUAGAAUUGUAAACACAUCCGCAGACUUAAAAGGAGGCAUCAAGAUGCCAGAGUGGAGAACUUAAAGCAGAAUUCCAGGAAAAACUUACUGACCAGGGUAUAUUGUGUGAAAUGACCUUAGAAGCAGUUUAGAUAUACUGCUGACUCUGGCUUCAAUGCUUUUUGCAGCAGAAUGUUGUUACGUUGCAGGUACGCACCCAAAAUGUGCAACCAGGUAGAGCUUGCUCCUGGUUACCUUCCUUGUGAUAGGAAGUUCAAGGACCUGCCCAUACCCCCCACCCCCAAAAGAUUUAUUUUCUCCAACAUUCAUGAUCAUCAUCUGGGCGCAGAAACGCUAACGUAUCUUUUGAUCCUCUUUUUAGGAGUUUAGAAGCCAUCAUUGUGAGUGUCCUAUGGACACAAAACCCCCAGACUUUGUGUGAGCUUCUUCUUCUGUAAGACUUCUUGAUGAUGGUUUCUCUUUCUUUUGUUUUCUUUAGACAUAUACGUAGUUCUCACAACUGCUUAGCUGUGUUACUCAAGUGAUGUAUAUAAGUCAAAGGCUGGCUAAGUUCUGGCCACAGGCAUUCUCACACAGUGAGCAAAAGGAUUGCCAGAAAUGUAUAAGAUUCCCAUUUAGAUCUCCUGCAAGAUCUUGCAAACCCAUGAAUUAUUUGCAUAUUGUUCUAGUGUACAUACAUAUACAUGUUGACACCCAUGGACAUAUAACAAUUAUGAACACGUAUGUCCACCUAUACUGCAAUGUUGGACCAGCUCUUAAAAAAAAAAUGGGACUGGCCAAGUACCAGCAAUAUUACCCAUCAGUUUUUUACAACCUGAGAUCCUUCAGAUGUUUUAAGUUACAGCUCUGUUACCCCAGUUGCCAGUGAUGGCAGCCGUAGACCAGCAUGUCUGAAGGACCUUGGUUCAAAAAAAAAAAUGACUUUAUGGAGAAUGAGCGAUCAGAUUAUGCAAAGCCCAAACUACAGUUAUAUGACUGUAUUCCACAUAAUAUCCAGUAAGGCAGCUCAGAUUGCCUACUUGUUCUUGUUCUCCUCUAACAUCGUGAGAGAGAUAGAAGCAGCCCAAUUUGGUUGGGCCUCCUGGGAUGUCUAAUGGAUCUGGACAGCAUAAAAAGUCCAGAAUGUUCCCUCCAGAAUUGUCCUAAGCUAUUCUGAGUGCUGGAAGAACAGUUUCAUCCAGAUCAAAGUUCAUAUGAAAGAGAAGGUUGGAGCAAAUGAUGAGACAAGAACCCUGGAUUAGGUGAACUGCAUCUCUAGGUCAACCUUCUGCAACUGGUGCCCUGCAGGUGUAUUGGACUUGGACUUUGGGCAGAUGUAGUCCAAUACACCUACAAGGUUAGCAACAUUUUCAUUAUGACCAGGAUUUCUGUUUCUCACCUGUGCUUAUAUUAGCUGAGGAUGAUAAAAUGGCAGGAUACUAAAAAUUAACCCUCUUGUGCCUUAUUUGUUGGCAUAAUAAAAGCCAAGUGUACAAAUAUUUGGAGGUUAUGUUCAGUGACCAGGGGUGGGGGUGGGAGUGGGCUUCUCAGAUUGCUGACACUAACAAUGCAAGAAGUUCUUUUGUAAUGAUGGUCUCAGGUGGAAAGAAUCUUUUUGUGUGUUUUAGGCACAGGAAGGUCAUAUGGACCUCUCAGUACUUGAAUAGAGUUGUUGCAGAACCAGUGAAGACCCAGCUAGAUGCUCUAAAAAUGGCACCUACGUAUUUGGUCCCAAAACACCUUAUUCUAUUUGUGGUUCCUGACUUCAACACCAUGCUAUGUUUCCCCAGCUGACUCUACCAGUAGUGGUCAGUGAUGUGGAAAAAUGUGACUAGUCAUGACUUGACAAGGGUUAAGUUGUAUUAUAUGUUAUAGAGAGAAAAGAGUAGCCUCAUGUUUGUUGCAAUGACUUUUUAGACUGGAAGAGUCUUUUCAUGAUUGAACUGUUUGCAUAUUUCAUUCCAGCAGGGGUGGGCAGCCUAUGGUCCUGUAGAUAUCACCAAAACUACAUUUCCCAGCAUCCCUCAUGAUGUUGGCUAGAGCUGCUAAGAGCACAGGUUCCCCACUCCUGCCUUGCUGUUUGCAGCUAUUGGUUGAAUAAUUACCUCAUUUAACCCCUUUUUUAAUGUCCCUUGUGGACACAUGGAUCUCAGCUGGUUUGUGCCUUUUGAGAAUGGUAUAUCUGAAUGCCAGGAUAUAAGCCAUCUUUUUGGUUCUUGCUGAAUUUUAUCUGCCAAAAGAAUGGAGACAAAUCCAAGCAAAGCCAAGUUUUAUUUAAAUAAAAAGUUGAGAUGUUUUCCAUCAA